AUGAGUCAAAUGAAACAUUCAAUUGAUAUACAAUGCGGUCUUCGUCAAGGACUAGUCAGUGAUAAAGUUUCAACUUCGAUGACACCAUGUCCUUCGAUUACGUCUUCACUAAAAAGAGAAAGCAACUUUUCACAACCUGUCUAUUCUAAAAAGGCUGACCAUUUUCGCCAAGUGAUACAAACAUGUAGAGCAUUAUUACAAAAACAAGGUGUGCAUUCUACUAUGAGUAUGACUGCAGCUGGAUUCAAUUAUACUGGCAACGGAGACACAGUCCAUUGUGAUACUUGUGAACUAGAAGUGUCGGAAUGGACAUUAGAUAUGAAGCCAUUUACUAUUCAUGCACAACGUAGCCCCAAAUGUGCAUUUGUUCGUUCUCUGAUGCCCAAUGGAAUAGCUCCUGCACCAUAA